AUGAUUACUCGGGAAAUAAUUGCAUUGGACACGCCUAACAUAACUGAAUUGCAACGUCAAACGAUUCAGUCUAUCGAAUAUUUUUCUAAAAUUCAACGACUUAGAGUUGAAAAAAAUGAAUUUAUUCAAGAGAAACUUAAGAAAAUUUCUAAGCAGAGGGAUAAAUUUCGAGAUUUUGCCGAACAAUCAAUAACUAAUGUCCUUAAAAUCAGUUCUCAUGCAGAUGACAUUAUUCUAUUUGCUGAUUGCUGUAUUGAUGAUGAUAUCAGUAAUUAUGAACUGUUGAAAUUAUUAAGGCCAACUUUGAGUAAUGCUACGUUAAAUAAGAAUAAUUCUGAAUUGCUUAAGGAUCUAUUAGUCAAAAUUAAAACUCGUUUAGAAACUAUUUCUACUGACAUUACUGAUCAUAAUGUUAAAAUUAAUAACACUAGGAAUAAUUUACGUGAAUGUAUUGAUGAUGUUGAUGAGAUGAAAAAUGACGAAUAUUUGGCUGUUAAAAAUAAUAAAUUCAUAUCCUAUGUUGGCAGUGCAGUUGCGCUUGGAGCAGCUCCAUUCACAGGUGGAGCAUCUUUGGUAGCAGAAACUUUCGUUGGAAUUGGAGCAAUAGCAUUUUUUGGCGGUGCAGUCGUUGCCAACAAUCAUGCUUAUGAAGCUAGAGCAUAUUCAGCUUGCGGUAACGUUCUAAAUUACUUAGCGAAGGAAGUUGAAGAGAUAUCACCAUGUCUAUCUGAAAUGAAAGAAUGUCUUAAAAAGAUCAAUGAAAUCAUAAGUUAUUGUGAAAGUUAUUGGACAAUCGAAAUUGAAAACAUUGACAAAAUCAUUAAAGGUUUAGAAAGUUGUAAAACGACUAGAAGACCAAUGAUCAAACAUUCCGCUGUUUUGUUUUCAUUACGGGCAAAACGGAUUCAAGAAGAAGCAAAAUUUUAUAUUGUUGCCAUGCGAGCGGCCGUGAACGCAGAUCGGAUCUCCGGCUAG